AUGGCAGGCUUUUGGGUAUGUAAACCAGAAGCAGCUCACAUUAUUCAAACAUACGCUAAUCAAGCAAAUAUUACUUGUUAUUGUGAUGCAUCUGAAUAUGUCGGACUCAAAAUUUAUUAUUUCAGCUCAACUAUGGUUUCUCUGAAGUCUCUGUGUACCACAGAAGUAAUCAUCGAUGACAUUAUCACUCGCAAAUUUUUAUCAACAAAGAUUCAAAUCCCAAAAAGUUUAGAUGCUAUAUCAGCAAACGAAUAUGUUAGUGAACUUGAAACCUUUUCUGUACAAUCAUGUGAUAAAAAUAUUGCACGUAUACUAUUGAUCAAGCAGGAAGAUCAUUUGUUAAUAUUCGGCUUGGUUGAUUCAGUUGAGCAGUUGAUUGCUGAAAAUGAGAAAAUCAAACAAGAUUUAAGUAUCGCUCCAGCAAAACAUGAUUUAACGGAUUAUCAAAUCGAUUUUUUGCUCGGUCUUUAUCAAAACGAACUGAAACAAUUAGGAGUACAGAAUGAAGAUUUACAAAUCUUCGACGGUAUCAAAAAUGGAUAUUUCACGGGUCCGAGAAAGAUGCAUGACAUAAUUAAAGAGGAACUUCAUAGAAUGGCUGGAAAUAGUCGACAAAGCCAAUUCAGCAUUGAAGACGUACGUUUUGGUUCUAUAGCUGAAACUGAACAAAAAGAAUUCAUGAAAAUAAGUUUAAAUCACAACUGUCUACUAAAAAUAAAGCUAGAGUCCAUUGAUAAAAAUUAUCCAGUCCCUAUUUCAUGUUUGGACAAAGGUACUGCUGAAUUGAUACCAGCUGCUAUGUCAAUUGAUAUUCGAGUUGGUGAUCUUGCGCUACAAUCUGUCGACAUGGUUGUUGUAUGUUCAACAUCACAAUAUCUUCUCAAUGAUAUCCUUAAGAAGGCUGGAACUAACGUAAAGGAGAAUGUUGAUGCAGCAAUGAACAGCGGUAGAAUUACGAAAGCUGGUUAUGAGACGAUAGGCGGAGAUUUACUUUGCAAACAACUCUUUUUUCUUCCUUGGAUAACAGAUAAAGUGGAUGAUAUAACUUUGCGUCAAACAAUACAAACAUUUUUUACAACUGCCAUGCAACAUGCACUAAAUACUGGAAAAACUUCAAUUGCAUUUCCUGCUCUUGGCUGUGGUGCUUUGAAGUGUGAUCCAAAUAUGAUUGCUGAAAUAAUACUUGACGAAACUCAGAGAUAUGCAAAUUAUAAUCUAAAAAUCUUGAUCGUUCUUCUUCCGGAUAAGAAUGAAAAUUAUCGGGCAUUUUGUGUUAAACUCGCUGAACUACGUCAGAAAACAUUAAAAACAAACCCAACAAAACUCUCUUAUCGAUAUACAACGGUCAAAUUGACACUAACAGGACUAGAAGAAAAUUUGAAAAAAUGCUGGAAAGUUAUACAAGACUACAUCAACGAGCGUGUUCUCACUGAAGAAUGUGAUGACUUUCCAUUACAUACUUGGAAUCAAUCGUUGAUUGAUUCUUUCUAUAGAUAUUGUCUUGAACGACACGUGUUACCCGAAGUCAAUACGAUUGGUGAUAGAUUCAAACUUUCAGGACCCAAAGAACAAGUCAAAAUGACACAAAUAGAAUUUUACCGAUUGAAAUGCAUCAAGGCUGAAGAAGCACGUAUAGCAUCUUAUGCUCGUAUCGCUGUUUGGCUGUUUGAGAUUGAAGAUAGAGUUUUUAAAAAAUACUCACUUAAAUUGAAUGCACUAAUUGAAACCGCAUCUGCCAACGGCAAUGAAUUGGUUACCUUUAGAAAUGAUCACGAUGAGGAAUGCAAAAUACUGCUCAAAGAUAAGUUGGAAAUUUUUGGCGAACGCAAACGUCGAAUUAUUCGAAGAGACUUUCGUCUGCCACCAAAUUGGAUUGCACAGGCUGAUAAUGUUGUUCGUUGUGUAUUGAAAGUGAACGACAAUGAAUAUACAACAGUAUUAGAGCAGUUUAAUGAAACGAUGUCUGGAAAAUAUACACAAAUUCAAAUUGAGCGGAUCCAAAAUCAAAGAUGGUAUAUGGCAUAUAAGGCUUACAAGCAUUUUUUUAAACACAAAAAUACUGAACAAUCACUUUUUCAUGGUUGUCCAGAAUCAUCAGCGGACAUGAUCAUUCAUAGUUGUUUCAAUCGGUCCUUUGCUGGUGUGAAUGGCGUCGCAUUUGGUGUUGGGGUGUAUUUUUCCACGCAAGCCUCUUACAGUGAUAGUUACACUCGUGCAAGCCCAAACACUAAUGGACGAUGUAUGUUUUUAGCAAAAGUUCUCGUGGGCAGGUCGACGCUUGGCAAUAGUCAUAUGAAGACUGCACCUACUGGCUACGAUUCAACAACGGAUAAUAAGAUGAUAUAUGUGACUUAUCACGAUGAUCAAGCUUAUGCCGCGUAUCUUAUCUCAUACGUGAGGGUCAAUAAUUAA